AUGAAUGGUGGUUUCACCAACGGCGCAACCCAUAGCGGAUUGGGUGAGCGUGGCAAUUCGCCAACGCUGGAUAAGGUUGACAAACUACGCGAACUCAUCGGCAGCCGGAUUUCGCUUCCACAGCUUGUCGUGGUAGGCGACCAAAGCUCCGGCAAAAGCUCGGUCCUGGAGGGCAUCACCGGGUUCGCAUUCCCGCGGGACGCAGAGCUUUGCACUCGCUACGCGACUCAAAUCACCUGCCGUCGUGAGGACUUCGAAUCUGUGGUUGUGAAGAUAAUCCCCCAUGAGGAUGCAACCCCGGACGAAGCUGCCAGGCUCAAGCGCUUUUCUCGCCAAUGGACCACGGCGAUGGAGAUGGAUAACGAGAAACUCGGCGAGGUUUUUAGAGACGUCAAUCGAGAGCUCCGUGUCAGCACAGGUCGUCGCAGUCCGGACGAACCCGACUCUGGCAAUGCUUUUAGCCAACAUCUGCUCAAGAUCGAGAUCUGUAGUCCCAAGCAAGAGCAUUUUACCGUCAUUGAUGUGCCUGGAAUAUUCCGAACGGAAACUCUGGGUUUAACCACGGAAAAUGACAUGGCCCUCGUCAGAAACAUGGUGAUGAAGUACAUGAGAGAUUCCAGAACCAUUAUCCUCGCCAUAGUCCCAGCAAACGUCGACCCAGCCACCCAGGAGAUCUUGAGGCUGGCCAAGCAGGUCGAUCCCGGUAUGAAGCGGACCAUGGGCGUCCUGACCAAGCCGGACCUUGCGGUCGAAGCAACCAUCAAGCAAAUCGCCAUCGACCACGUUACCCGCAAGAGAGGUGAACUGACCUUGGGUUACUAUAUUGUGAAGAACCGCGGCCCGGACGACGUUGGCAUGAGCUUGGACGAGAGCAAGAGAAGAGAAGCCGCCUUCUUUUCGAUGGAGCCGUGGUCCGCUUUGAAGCGGACGGGCAGGACUGGGAACGAAGCCCUUAAAACCCAAGUCGGCGCCCUCCUGACCGAUUUGGUUAAAAGCGAAUUUAAAAAGCUCAGGUCCGAAGUCGAGGAAGAACUCCGGGCGCUGUCGGACAGGGAGCGCGCCAUGGGGCCCCAGAGGUCAGACCCCAACGCACAGCGGGCCUAUCUAGGCGAGUUGUGCGACCGGUUCCAGUCCAUCACUCGCGACGCCCUGAGCGGCAACUACGCGCAGCAUGCCGCCUUCUUUAGCCGAGACUCCAACAGGCUCAUCACCCGCAUCGUGGAGCUCGACGAGCAGUUUUCGGCUGCGAUAUCGACAAAGGGCCACACCAGACCAUUUGACGAAAAUGAGAAUCCUGUGCCGGUUGCAGCGAAGAAGGCCAAGAAGAAGAAGAUCACGGUCGAGGUGCCCGAGGCUGCCCCUAUUGACGGCCCUUCCAUUGAGGUUGAGGCUCCCGCGCCUCAGCCCGCAGAGCCUGAUUUUUUCUGCUCGGAGCCAGGUUCCAGCUCUUGGGAUGUCAAGAAUAAGAAUAAGGAGGUAGUGGCCGACUGGCACGAUUCUGGUCUGACCAACUCGACCAUAAAAUUGGAAAAAGUUUUCCCCGUCAUCAACAAACUGCCUGCGCUCAGCGACUGCAAGGGUCUGAUCAAAACCUUGAAUGUCAUGUCGAUCUCACCCCAGAGUGGCGAAAGCAUCAUGAACUACAUUCGCAAGGUUUACACCAACAGUCGGACUGCCGACCUGGGCACGUUCAACGGAUCGUUGCUUGUAACCAUCUUCAUGGAGCAGUCCAAGAACUGGGAAGCACUUAUGAGAACUUAUAUCGGGAUCGCCGUCCGUACAAUCGAGAAGUUUUUCAAAGAGGCCAUGAAAGAAAUCUGCCAGGACUCCCAGGUCGAGGACGCGUUAUGUCAAGGCUACCUGCGCGACCAUGUCGGAAGCUGUUUUCGCCGUGCUCGCAAGCACGCAGAUUCCCUUUUGAACAUGGAGCGUGGAUGCGCCCCGUGGACGGUCAACCACUACUUUAACGAGAACCUCUCAAAGGCACAGGGAGAUCGUUUGAUAUCCAACAUUAGACAGGUCGCAGCCGCAGCGUCGGAAACGGUCAAAACCGUGGCCGGGGUUCAGGUGGCGUACACGCUUACCGAGGCGCAGCUGCAAAGCAUAGCGACUCACAACCAGAGCAACGCCGAGCACACGCAGGAGUACAUUCUCGACGUUCUCAAAAGCUACUACAAGGUCGCCAUGAAGCGCUUCAUCGACAACAUAUCCCUGUAUGUCGUGCACCACGACUUGCUCUACGCCGAAGAUGGCCCGUUGAACGUUUUCAACUCAAACUUCGUGUACAGCCUGGACGAGUUCCAGCUGGACCAGAUAGCUGGCGAAAGCAUCCUUGUGCGAUCGGAGAGGGAGAAGCUCGCGCAGGACAUUGAGAACUUUAGAGCCGCCCUUGAUGUCCUCAAGGGCACUCCCGCCCAGGGUGACUACGCGGCUGCCGAUACAGAUUAUUAA